AUGCGACUUGUAAUGUCGAUGAAAAAUCAUAAAAAAUCAUCAGGAUUUUGCGAAGACUACUGUUUGAAGCUGGGUCCUAGCCUGAGAAAACGUGUAACUAUGUCCCUAGAAUUCGAGAAUUUGAUGAAGGCGUUGAAUGGUGACACCAGCUCUUUGAUGAUCGAUUUGGCGGAUGUUGACAUUCAGAUUCCCUUGAUCCUUACAUGGCGACUAAUUAUUACUGCCGAUUUACCGUGCUGA